AGGGGCCCUCGUGGCCCGCGGUUCUCGGGGCGCGGUCGUGUCUGCAGCGAUCACUGUCUUCCCCGUGCCCCAGUGCCAUAGGCAAAGCCCACUUUCUCAGGACCCCCUCCUCGGCGCAAGGAUCCCGCUACCCAGCCGGGGGCGUGGCCACCCGGAGGCCCCGCCCCGUCUGUGACGUGCAGGUGGCGCGCGGCCCGCCGUGGGUGUGGGAGGAGCCCGGGCCUGUCGAGACCCGGAGGCCGAGGCCGCCUCCCGACGCCCACCUGCCGCCUUCUCCUCCUCCAUCUUUUCGGGGAAGCGGCGGCGGCGGCGACCUCGGCCUCCAGUUGGUUAGGCGGAGCGGAGCGGCGGCCGGGAUGGUGUUGCUGGGCUUGCUGCAGUCGGGCGGCUGGGUGCUGGGCCAAGCGAUGGAGCAGGUGACAGGAGGCAACCUGCUCUCCACGCUGCUCAUCGCUUGCGCCUUCACCCUCAGCCUGGUCUACCUGUUCCGCCUCGCACUAAGCUACACGGUCCAGCUGCCCGCCGGUGCGAAAAGUCCGCCGUACAUUUUCUCUCCAGUUCCAUUCCUUGGUCACGCAAUAGCAUUUGGGAAAAGUCCAAUUGAGUUCCUGGAAAACGCAUAUGAGAAGUAUGGACCUGUAUUUAGCUUCACCAUGGUGGGCAAGACCUUUACUUACCUUCUGGGGAGUGACGCAGCUGCACUGCUCUUCAAUAGUAAAAAUGAAGAUCUGAAUGCAGAGGAUGUCUACAGCCGACUGACAACGCCCGUGUUUGGGAAGGGAGUGGCGUACGAUGUGCCAAAUGCAGUUUUUUUGGAACAGAAGAAAUUGUUAAAAAGCGGUCUUAACAUAGCCCACUUCAAGCAGUAUGUUUCUAUAAUUGAAAAAGAAACAAAGGAAUACUUUCAGAGUUGGGGAGAAAGUGGAGAAAGAAAUGUGUUUGAAGCACUUUCUGAGCUCAUCAUUUUAACAGCUAGCCAUUGUUUACAUGGAAAGGAAAUUAGAAGCCAACUCAAUGAGAAGGUGGCCCAACUGUAUGCGGAUUUGGAUGGAGGUUUUAGCCAUGCCGCCUGGCUGUUGCCGGGCUGGCUGCCUCUGCCUAGUUUCAGACGCAGGGACAGAGCCCAUCGAGAGAUCAAGAAUAUCUUCUAUCAGGUCAUCAAGAAACGCAGACAGUCAGAAGAAAAGGUGGAUGACAUUCUCCAAACGUUACUAGACUCCACAUACAAGGACGGGCACCCUCUGACAGAUGACGAGGUAGCGGGGAUGCUCAUUGGACUGCUGCUCGCGGGGCAGCACACCUCCUCCACCACCAGUGCCUGGAUGGGCUUCUUUUUGGCCAGAGACAAGCAGCUUCAAGAAAAGUGCUACUUAGAACAGAAAGCGGUGUGUGGCGACGACCUGCCUCCCCUGACUUACGAGCAGCUGAAGGAUCUGAAUUUACUUGAUCGAUGCAUAAAAGAAACGUUAAGACUGAGGCCUCCUAUAAUGACCAUGAUGAGAAUGGCCAGGACCCCGCAGACUGUGGCAGGGUACACCAUUCCUCCAGGACAUCAGGUGUGUGUUUCUCCUACUGUCAAUCAAAGACUGAAAGACUCCUGGGUCCAACGCUUGGAUUUUAAUCCUGACCGCUACUUACAGGAUAACCCAGCAUCAGGAGAGAAGUUUGCCUAUGUGCCAUUUGGAGCUGGACGUCAUCGCUGUAUUGGAGAAAAUUUUGCAUAUGUUCAAAUUAAGACAAUUUGGUCUACUAUGCUUCGUUUAUAUGAAUUUGACCUCAUCGAUGGAUAUUUUCCCAAUGUGAAUUACACAACAAUGAUUCACACCCCCGAGAACCCAGUAAUCCGUUACAAAAGAAGAUCAGAAUGAAAAAGGAACCAGGGACCAGUGUGGGUUCAUGACUGCAAGCUGCAGCUCCAGAGAGAAUGAAGCUAACAAACAGCUUUCAUUGUGUACUGUGUUUUGAGUGUAAUUCGGAAAGCCAGUCUGAUUUCAAUGUUGUGUUAACGCAGUGAUUUUAUCAACUCUAAUGGCAUUUCAAACAGUUUGUAAUAGUUUCGAUAGGGUGUGUUUUGAUAGGACUUCAUGGAAACCAAGCUUUUGAGUUAGAAAUUGUUUCGGGAAAUCUAGGUAGUUGGCAGACGCUAGAGAAUACAGUGUCCAGGUAUUAACUUCAGAAGCACACACUGCCCCAGGGAGACCACUUUUAGAGAGUCUAGUUUUGCAAGUUUAAAAGCCUAUUCAAAUUCUGCAAAGGCCAUGGGUUAUUCGUAUUAUGUGGGCCUCUUCUGUAAAGAUGUGAGAAGGUACAGAAUAAGCUCACUGCCAGAACUGUGGGUAAAAAUGAACACCAGUUAGAGGGAGUGAUGAGGCCUUUGAAAUUUUAACCUGAAGCACCACUACAGGGAGAUGGCAGAGACCUCAGACCCUGAUAACCAUAUUUCCUGAAGAUGAGAGAUACUGGAGCGCUGUUUCCACAUGGUCAUUCUCUGGUGAAUCUUCUGGGGUCUGACUGUGACCUGCUCGAGGUUCUCUGUACCCUCUCCAGAACACAACUAGGGACAUUUCAAUGACCAGGUUUUUAAAAGGGUAGUAUCUUGAGACCAGUGACUUCUGGGCUUUAGGUUGGAAUGGGAACUGGUAUCACUGGCUGUAUUCUGUGGGGGCUGUGUUCAGGAGCCUGAACCUAGCAGAUUGUAACCAUGGUCCCAAUUCUGACAUGCCCAUCAUCUGUACUAGGAGUCAAGAUGACUCUGUUGCCCUGUGGGAUGCUGUAAUUCUAGCAGUUGAGGCUGAGGCAGGAGGAUUUUGAGUUUGAGGACAACCUAGGCUACAUAGCAAGACUGUCUCCAAAAACAAAAACAAAAACAAAAAAGAAACACCCUCCCCCAAGUAACUUUUUUUUCUAAAGUAUGUUAUAGUUUUAAGAGGCUUGAAGACUUUAUAUGAAGGCCCAAAUCUCUGCUGUUAAAGGUUUCACAUUAAAAUUCUCUAUGAGAAAAAUUUGA